AUGCUGGGGAAAACGACCAGGGAAGACUUUGAAUGGGUUUAUUCGGACCAGCCUCAUACUCAAAGAAGAACUCUGAUGCUCAAGAAAUAUCCAGUGAUUAAAACUCUCAUGGGCGCAGAUCCGAACGAAAUUCUCGUCGUAACAUCCAUGGUUUUCGCCCAAGUCCUCGCCUGCUACUUUCUUCAAGAUUCUUCCUGGUUCACCAUCGUCCUCAUGGCGUACAUCUUCGGCGGAACCAUCAACCAUUCCCUGACUCUUGCGAUUCACGAUAUUGGGCACAACACUGCUUUUGGAACGGGAGUCAAAAACGCGUGGAAAAAUCGAUAUUUCGGCUUUGUCGCGAAUUUGCCUCUUGGAGUUCCCUAUUCUGUUACUUUUAAAAAGUACCAUAUUGAUCAUCAUCGCUACCUGGCCGGAGAUGGUCUUGACACCGAUUUACCAACAGAAUGGGAAGGAAAGUUCUUCACCAACGGUCCACUCAAACUCCUCUGGCUCUUUUUAAACCCUCUUUUCUACGCGCUUCGGCCCAUGAUUGUCCGCCCCAAGACUCCAACUCACUACGAAUUCAAGAAUUGGAUUGUUCAAAUUAUCUUUGAUGUUUGGAUUUAUCGAUCUUUCGGAGGAAAGGCGAUGGCAUAUUUGCUCAUUGGAACUUUUCUUUCGCUUGGAAUUCAUCCAAUUGCUGGGCAUUUUAUCGCAGAGCACUACAUGUUUGUCAAGGGUGUCGAUACCUUCUCCUACUACGGACCUUUGAACAUGCUAACCUUCAACGUCGGCUACCACAACGAGCACCACGAUUUUCCGUUCAUUCCGGCUUCGCAUCUUCCCGAGCUGCGAAAGAUCGCACCUGAGUUUUACGAAGAAGUUCCCCAACUUCAAAGCUGGAUCAUGGUUUUGUACGAUUAUGUGAUGGACCCGAAAAAUGGACCUUUCAAUCGAGUUAGGAGAAGAUUCGAUGUUGAUGGAAAAGUCGUCAAGCCAAAGGAGGGAAGCAGCUACACUGACGAACACGCGCGAUUAGGCAAGAACUCCGACCACGAUCCUGUCUACCCAAAUCAAGCCGAAAACAACAACUCUCAAGCUUCAAUUUUCCGGCCAAGCUCAAAUGGCGACGAGCUAGACGACACCUACGCCGACUUUUUCGACAAGUUUUUUGACGCGCGAGAGCGGCAAAAUGAACAUCUCCAGAAAUCGUCGCCUCAGAAUUCCGUCGAGUCUUAUCACGGCUCAUCCGCGUCAUCCCCCACCGAGUCAAACAGUCAGCCGCUGGAGAAGAUUGUAACAAGAAGGAGGAAUCGAGGCAGUGGAGAUUCAAAACAACUGCUCUGCGCUGUCUGCUCGGACAAAUCAACCGGCUACCAUUUCAAUGCAUUGACGUGCGAGGGCUGCAAAGGAAAAAUUAAAAAAUUUUGA